AGUCGCUUUAAAAAAAAGUGUGGGUCGAUACGAAACGACAAUAACCAAUUUUGACAAUUUGACAAGCUCGCAAAAAUUUACGUCUUGCCAUGAAUUAUUGUCACAGUCUGCUGAGUUAUCGACAAGUGGAUAUGAAUUUCAUAUCACUAAUGAAGAGUUAAUCGAAUGUUGUGAUAAAGCGGAAGAUACGAUGAAAGAAGUAAAAAACAUAGACGCUCCAGAAGGAGGUCAUUAUGACAACAACAAAAAAAACAAUUGUGGAUAUAUUUGAGGACUUUUCUACAUCGCCUUUUAACAGCCCUGUAGUGUCACCCGAGAGUAAGUUAAGGAAUUUGGAGCGAUCCCCUUUAUUUGUAUUACCGAAAAAACCUAAAAAAAACCACAGCCGUCAAUUUAUAGAAAAGGCAAAAUCGGCUCUUUUAUACGAUCGUACGCCAGAAAGAAAAGCUUCAGAUCGAGGUUAUGACGAUACCGAGAAAGAGGACACUAACAACGUAAAUCAAAGUAAGUUGUUUUUAAAAUUUGUGAAGAGACAACAUUUAAGUUAAUCCGGAGAACGGCCGGAGUUGGGAGAAGACAAAAACGUGGCGUGUGUGAAAUUUCUAUUGAAAACGAAUCGGAAGAAGUGAAAAGUAAAGUGAAUCGAGAUGAAGUGGGCAAGGUGAAUAAUCCAGGAAUUUCGCUUGUUUCUGCUGGACUGGAAGAUAUGAGAAAUCGCAGAAACCAUUUGUUGUCAUUAAACCCAAAAUUCAAUUAUGGGCCACCCCCAAAUUCACGACAAACCGAGACUACGGAAUUAGGGGAGUUUGUUAAAAAUGCUGUUGAAAUAAGUACACCAGGCGUCAAUAGGAAAUUGCCAGUUCAGGAAAUGGGAAAAGAUAACGAUGCAAUACCGACGGCAAACCGACCAAAGAGGUGGCGGCUCUCGGGCUUAAGACGUACUGGCAUUAGUCCAAAGAAAUAAAUACUACUUUAUAUUAUAUUGUGUAAAAGCAACGGAAGCCUUUUUUUGAAUUCA